AAUCUUAUCAUAGAUGCUGAGACUCUUGGUGAAUCUCUCAUGGGUCUUACAGUCUAUGGAAGUAAUGAUCAAGAUCCUUAUGUCACCCUGAAAGACACGGAACAAUAUGAACGUGAUGAUUUCUUGAUUAAGCCCAGUGAUAACCUCAUAGUUUGUGGCCGAGCUGAACAGGAACAGUGCAAUUUAGAGGUUCAUGUUUAUAACCAAGACGAAGACUCUUUCUAUGUACACCAUGACAUUCUCCUGUCUGCAUAUCCUCUUAGUGUGGAGUGGCUGAAUUUUGAUCCUAGCCCAGAUGAUUCUACAGGAAACUACAUUGCUGUGGGAAACAUGACCCCUGUCAUUGAGGUGUGGGACCUGGAUAUUGUGGACUCUUUAGAGCCAGUCUUCACGCUUGGAAAGAAGCUUUCGAAAAAGAAGAAGAAGAAAGGAAAGAAGAGCUCCUCUGCGGAAGGGCAUACGGAUGCUGUCCUCGACCUUUCAUGGAACAAGCUAAUCAGAAAUGUGCUGGCAAGUGCGUCUGCUGAUAGCACUGUGGUUCUGUGGGAUAUGUCCGUGGGGAAGCCAGCAGCCACCCUAGCUGUGCACACAGACAAGGUCCAGACUCUGCAGUUUCAUCCAUUCGAAGCACAGACAUUGAUUUCUGGAUCCUAUGAUAAGUCAGUGGCACUGUAUGACUGCCGGAGUCCGGAUGAAAGCCACCGAAUGUGGCGAUUCAGCGGGCAGAUCGAGAGAGUCACAUGGAAUCACUUCUCACCGUGCCACUUUUUGGUAAGAACAUUACAUCAUGGGAACCUGCUGGACAUUCAGGAAGCAAGAUGUAACUCCCAAAUGGGCCAGGAGAGGCUAGCACAGGGGCUGCUUUGA